AUGUACGCGAACGGAGCCGCGGUUGAGCCGCCCCCGAUGACGAUGACAAUGGAAGACCUUUUAAAUAAAUUUGACUGGGACACGUAUAUCGCAGCACUUGGCAAUGAAGAAUUCACCGCUUGGCCAAUUCUGGGCAGCGAAGAAAUCGCUGCUUCUCCAGGUGGAAUUGAACAGAUGGUGACUUGGAACCCAGUAGGAGUAGUUGCGGUAGAAGAUACUCCCAGAGAUCUCCUACAGACCACGGGAGCCAGCUUUCCUCAAGAUCAAUCACAGAUCGAGCAAGGGUUCAUUCAAAGUUUCCACGACGGUCACUACCCUCAAACAAUAACUCCCGCUCAGCUUCAUUACGGCUUCGAGGCGUCAGCGGUGCACGACGGCCCAUUCUACACAAGCCACGUUAUCCCGAAUAAUAUUCACCCGUUCUUUCAUCCUCCUACUGCGUUAGAGCACCAGAAUAUAUCAAGUCCCCCGGUGGGGUUUGCUGGCAACGCUUUUCAUUUGGGGGAUAAUGCUGGUCAAUUUCAUUAUCAGUCGGUAGCUCCCAACACACAGGGAAUCGAAAACCCCCACUCGGUGAUGCCCAGCCAGGGCUCAGAUAAUUACGACCCGUCGAAUUCACCCGUGGAGGAAUCAUCUUGUCAACCUCAGGAACGUCACCUCAGCGAGGGCGAAAGGAAUGUCGACGAAGAUAGUAUGGACGAAGAACAGUCUCAAUCUCCCGACGAAAGAACACCGCCAAUGGUGCGGCCACCGCACCUGGACGGCAAGGGUCCCGCUCCAAGAAAGAAACGAAACAUGAACGAACCAGUCGACAAACGGACAUGCAAGCUCUGCGAUGGAGUCCUAUCACACUCCAGUUCCCUCAAGCGCCAUUACGCGCAACAUCUAUCGAGCCCGCAGUUUCUAACUCCCGCGCAAAUCAAAACCGCGGAGGAAGCCUGCAAGGGAAAACCUCUCUCCCGCUGUAGGCACUGCCCGAUGUUGUCGAAUCGGCUGACUACAAUUGUUGUGCACGAGAGAGUACAUGAGGAGGGCGGCAACGUCAGCACGUGUUCCGUUUGUGGAGUUGUGUUGACAAGCCCGUAUAUCCGCAAGGCACAUAUGAGAAGCCAUAAAAACGACAAAGACAACACCUUCAUGCGAGAUGGCUGUCACAGGAGUAAAACCACCUUCAACACAGAAGACGACCACGAUUUCAAUUAUAGGGGUAGCGAUCCUGUCGAGGAUCCAACCGAGCCUAGGAGCGCGGCUUUGUACGAUUGCCGCCUCUGUGGGGCGAACCUUGCAAGCCGAUCUUUGAGGAGGCACCACUACGCCGCCCAUAGAAGGUUGGACGAAGGAGACCAUGAGGAAGAAGCGGACGACGUCAAAAGCGUGAAGGGAAACGAGAAAGAACAGAGAAAGGCCCCUGAUCCUGAACCAACUCGCUUUCCAUGUGUGGAGUGUACGGCUACAUUUAGAAGCAGGUAUCUACGCGAUAAACACCGCGUGAGUCAUGAAAUAGCGGAGCUGGGUGAUGGAAAAGACAGUCCGGAUGACGCAACCCUCCAGGCCGCACUACUUCGCUUCAAAUGCGAAAUUUGCGGUGACGCUUUCAAAACCAAAUAUUUCCUGCAGAAGCAUCAUGCGGCUCAUGAUGAGGGGAAACUAGACGAAACGCCGAUGAAAAGAAAGCUGGACAACACUGACCAUGGCGAUUUGGGGGAAGACGAGCCGAAUGAGGCGCAGCCGCAGACAGGCAACAACCGCGCCAAGCGUAUGAGAGGAAAGGUUGCCAGCACUGGAAAUGCUAGUGCAACUUAA